AAUUCAAGGCAAUUCCUCCUCCCUUUGGGUUUUGCUCUAAACAUGAGGCCAACGAUCUUUCUUUUUGGAGACUCCAUCACGGAGGCUUCCUUCUGUGAUGGCGGUUGGGGUGCUGCUCUUGCAAAUCAUUUCUCUCGCACGGUUGAUGUGGUGCUGAGAGGGUACAGUGGGUACAAUACAAGGUGGGCGUUUCAGGUGUUUGAUAGGGUUUUUCCUGCGGCGGAAAGCGGUGGUUCUGAGGGUUCAGCAUCGCCGCUUGCGGUGACCGUGUUCUUUGGAGCUAAUGACGCUUCCCUUCCCGAUGGAUACGCUGCUUUCCAACAUUUGCCGGUUGAUGAGUACAAGCAGAAUCUCCACUCUAUCGUCUCCUCUCUCAAGAAGAGAUGGCCAAACACACUCAUUAUACUAAUUACUCCUCCAAUUGAUGAAGAUGAACGUCUUAGAUAUCCUUAUGCCGAGAAUCCAUCGGGUUUGCCCGAGAGGACGAACGAAGCCGCCGGUGUGUUCGCCAAGGCAUGUAUGGAAGCUGCUGGAGAAUGUGGGGUCCCAGUGGUAGAUCUCUGGACCCGGAUGCAGCAGUGUCCUGACUGGUGCAAAGCAUUUCUUAGUGAUGGUUUGCAACUCACACGGGAAGGCAACAAGGUUGUGUUUGAAGAGGUAAUGAAGAAGCUGAAUGAAGGGGGCAUAAGCCUGGGAAAGCUGACAGUUGAUCUCCCUCUUAUUACUGAUAUUGACCAAGAUGAUCCACUUAAGACUUUCCACUAGAAGUUAG